GAAGAAACCUAGAGGUAUCCAUCGAUGGUCGAUGAGUUGUUGAAGAACUGCACCGACGGCAGUGUCUGAUGCGUCAGUUGUCAGAGAGAGUGAUGCAGACGUGUCUGGAUGGGCGAGAAGCGCUAUGUUGGAGAUAGCGUCUUUGAGCUUCUCGAAAGACAAUUUAGCGUCGUCUGUAAAGUGAAAAGAGCGUUGUUUACCGCGGAGCAAGUCAGUCAUUGGUUGAACAAUGCUCGCGCAGUUAGGAAUAAAGCGUCGAUAAUAGUUAACCAGGCCAAGGAAUCGGCGUAACUGCUUGAAGGAACUGGGAGCAGGAUAGUCCUUCAGUGCCUGGAUUUUGUCUGGCAGAGCUUCAAUACCAGAGGCAGAUAUGCGGUGGCCAAGAAAGUCGAUGGAACUUUGGCCAAGCUCGCAUUUAUCGGGGUUGACGGUAACCCCAUGCUGCGUCAAGCGUUGGAAGAGAGCGUCG